AUGCCUUUGUUCUGUAUUGCGCUGGCAGAUUCUUUGUGCGCUGCCUUUUCUUGUUUCUUGUUCUUCCUGUCUCUCUCGCUCCCACCCCGCCAUCUCCUCUCCCUUAACUCCCCGCCGUCGCCUCUCACUCCUCCCCGCCGUCGCCUCUCCCUCCUCCCCGCCGUCGCCUCUCACUCCUCCCCGCCGAGUCGCCUUUCCCUCCUCCCCGCCGUCGCCUCUCCCUCCUCCCCGCCUUCGCCUCUCCCUCCUCCCCGCCGUCGCCGCUCCUUCCUCCCCGCCGUCGCGUCUCCCUCCUCCUCGCCGUCGCCUCUCCCUCCUCCCCGCGGUCGCCUCUCCCCACUCCCCGCCGUCGCCUCUCCCUCCUCCCCGCGGUCGCCUCUCCCCACUCCCCGCCGUCGCCUCUCCCUCCUCCCCGCGGUCGCCUCUCCCCACUCCCCGCCGUCGCCUCUCCCUCCUCCCCGCGGUCGCCUCUCCCCGCUCCCCGCCGUCGCCUCUCCCUCCUCCCCGCGGUCGCCUCUCCCCACUCCCCGCGGUCGCCUCUCCCUCCUCCCCGCGGUCGCCUCUCCCCACUUCCCACCGUCGCCUCUCCCUCCUCCCCGCGGUCGCCUCUCCCCACUCCCCGCCGUCGCCUCUCCUUCCCUCUCCGCCGUCGCCUCCGGCGACAGGUGCGUUCCCGGUCCUUCCGUCCUCCCUCCCCCCCUCUGA